UUCAGAAACGGAAGCGACUUGGUGGAAAAACUAAAGACGCAUGGCAAACUUGUGUAAAAUGUCACAGCACGGUACCAAGAAACGUAAAUUAGACAGAAGUACAGAGGAUUAUAUGUACUUUGACAGCUACUCCGAUGUCACCAUUCACGAAGAGAUGAUUGCAGACACGGUGCGCACGAACACCUACAGAAUGGGCAUUUUUAAAAACAGUAAGUCAAUAGAGGGGAAAGUGGUGCUGGAUGUGGGAGCCGGUACCGGCGUUUUGAGCUUAUUCUGCGCGCAGGCAGGAGCCAGGAAGGUGUAUGCGGUGGAAGCGAGUUCGAUUGCCGAUCAGGCUGUGAAAAUCGUAAAACUGAAUCAGAUGGAGGACAGAAUCGAAGUCAUUAAAUCAACACUAGAGACGAUCGAACUAGCCGAACAGGUGGAUGUGAUUGUCAGUGAGUGGAUGGGCUACGCGCUCCUCCACGAAUCCAUGCUGAACUCUGUCAUCUUCGCCCGGGAUAAGUGGCUCAAACCCGGCGGCCUCAUUUUGCCGAGCCGCGCGGAUCUUUACAUCGCUCCCAUUAACGACGUAGUGGUGGAGGGCAGGCUGGAUUUCUGGAGCACCGUUAAAGGACAGUACGGCGUGGACAUGUCCUGCAUGACCGACUUUGCCAGGAAGUGCAUCAUGAACAAAGACAUCACCGUGAAUCCGGUGACAGUGGAGGACGUGCUUUCCCACCCGUGCAAAUUCGCAGAGCUGGACUUGAACACGGUCACACUCGAGCAGCUCCGGGAUGUGAAUGGCUCGUUCAGCUGUGUGUGCUUCGGCUCGUCCUCCAUCCAUGCCUUCUGCGUGUGGUUCACUGUGACUUUCCCAGCUGAGGAGAAGGCCCUGGUGCUCUCCACAUCCCCGUUCAAAGCAGAGACGCACUGGAAACAGGCUGUGCUGUAUCUGGACGAUGCUGUGGACGUGAUGCAGGACACUAAAGUCCAGGGCGAGAUUAGUUUGUAUCCCUCUGAGGAGAACUCGAGACACAUAUGCAUCCGCGUGGACUAUGUGAUAGGUGAACAGAAAAAGCACUCCAAAAGCUUUUCUAUUCCUGACCAGUAUUUAGAAGUUAAAUAAGCAAACAUAUAUUUUUUAGUUAUUUCCCUGGUCAAAAUCAAAGGAAUGCUAAUGGAAUUUGCAAUCAGUGUCAUGGUGAUUAAAUAGGAAAAAUAUGAUACUGAAAUUAAUUUCCCCUCAUCCUAUAGUAGAGUCUUCUGUUUACAAUAAUAAUAUAGGUAUAAUAAUAAAUUAGCAUUCCUUUUGGAUUGUUUAUGUUUACCCUCUUGGUUUCACACAGAAUAACUGAAUUAUUUUUCUCUAUGCAUUCUUGGAGUUGUAUGUUCAGUGUCUGGGGAAAAACGGUUUCAACUUCUGUCUGAUGACAGCACAUGAGAAGAGUUAUUAAAAAUAAACCGUGCUUGCUUAA